GUGUAGAUAAUUCUCUUACUCUUUGGCUAACACUGUACAACUCAAAACCACAUCCUAGGUUUUCAACGAAUAUUGGUAAAAGUUCUGGAAUUGACACAAUUGGCAAAAGAUUUGUUUUAAAUAAAUGGUACCAUAUAGAAUACACACUCUUGGAUCUUCAUAAGCGUUUGGAUUUCUACAUAGAUGGAAAAUGGUUUGGAUUCAAGAGCAUAGAACAAGUUCAAAAGGAAUACAUUGUGUUCAACAAAGACUCGUUGAGAAUAGGACUUAUCUUUUGUGACACUGAGUUUAAAGGGCAAAUGAGCAAUUUUUGUUAUUAUAAUUGGCAUUUAUCAGCUGAUGAAAUUGCGAAAGAUUUUAUUGCGACAUAUGAAACAUACCAAUGA